AUGCCAGCCCUGGAGACGUACGGUGCUCAGCCACCUAACGAGUUGUUGCGACAGUAUUGCGACCAUAAUGGGUGGUACGACAGAAAACAAAUAGGUAUAGAAUGCGACAUUCAUGACAUCACUCUCAGCUACUAUAGGACAGUUAGCUUGUUGGACUGUUAUAGUUAUUGUUAAAGUAAUCUCAAUAUUUCAAUCUCAUUUUGACACUAAAAUAGCAGACAUGAAGUGUUUCUUUAGCAAUGCGAAUAAGUCAAAUGUUAAAAUCCUUUACCGGCUGAUAGUUUCAGCAAAUUUAUAACUAAUGUUAGGGAGCAGUCAUUACUUACGGCGGGUGGUGUCAAUGUUUUUCUUGGUAAAAAUUUUCCUGAUCCAACCAUUAAAGAGUCAAAAGAAUUUUUACCCAACCUCAAAUAUCAAUUAAAAAAUAAAUACCCACCCCUGGCCAAAAACUUUACAAAAGGAUACCAUUCAGUUGUCACACAUGUCCUUUACCACUUCUGUGACAUGAGUUUGAUAACUGCUUGUGCAAUUUUCUGCAGUCUAAAGUUUCAUGUUGUCUGCACAUGUACUUUCUUUGGAGACACCAUUUGCCUCCUGACAAAUCGAAAAAUGAUCAAGAUAGUGACUCUGAUUGAUGUACAUAUUGUAUUGACAUAUGACUGUUGACAUUGCUUUGUAGUCUUCAAUAAUUGAGCGAGUCAUGCUUUGGAAAUGACAAUAAAUUUUUAUUACCCAACCCUUGAGUUGUUUUGUGUUUCAUUUACCCAACCUUUUACUCACUCAAAAUUUUGUUUACCCAACCCUUUUCUCUUCGAGCUAACCCCACCAUAAAUAAUGACCGCUUCCUUGGCUUGUUGGACUGUUUAAACCGGAUACAAAAGAGCAAGUUUUCUGUGACAAGUAUCCUGGGACUAAUUUUAUUUUCUCGUUUAUGCGGGCAACUUUGUCAAUUUUUACUAUGACAAGUACACUAAGCUUACACUAGCUUGUUGGCAAAGUACAAAUCUUGUGUUUGUUUGUAAUCCACAAAGGAAACUUUCCAUAUGAAAAGUUCUCAUAGAAACAAGUCUCGAAAUAGCGGGCUGCCAAUGGCCAAAAGCAGGCCAUAUUUUAGAAAUGGCAGACAAAAACAAAUUUGAACUGCCAAAGUAAAAAAAAUGGCAGGUGAAAUUCUAUAGAUAUAUUUCGUUUCAUUUGCUUACAAAAACUCAUAUAUACUAGAUCAUUUAGUUGACUUUAUACGUUUAUAUUUGGAAUGUAAAUCCAAGUUUACUGUAUAGUAAAAUAAACAAGUUUAAAAUAAUAAAAAUGCAUGUCAUGAAAACAUUGAUUUUUACAAAUAUGACUCAUACGAGACAUCGCCAUUGUGGCAGUUCAAUGAAUAAAAAUGGCAGGCUAAAAUUUAUUUCACCUGGCAAAAAAGUUUAGACUGAGAGGCCAUAUUUUUUCUCUACUUCGAGCCCUGUUUCGCCUUCAGAUUUGGUAGACUGGAGAAUCUACGACUCGCUAUGACUAAUCUGUAACCGGCUUUAGCUUGUUACAGUAUUUGAUUCGUAUUUAUAAUAUAUUCCACUCUUUACAGGGGCAUUUCGCGAACUGGUCGACAUCAAUCUACUGGGGGCGAUGGGACCUCCGGGCGGGGGUCGUAACCCCGUCACCCCCCGACUAUUACGUCAUUUCAAUUUCCUCACUUUUACCGAAAUGGAAGAUUCAAGCAAGUUCACCAUUUUCUCAACUAUUUUGAAGGGAUGGCUUGGUGA